AUGACAACGCUUAUUCUAUUUAACAACUCAAUCUCUGUUCUCCAAAAUGGCGUCUUUAGCAACUACUCCAGCUUGAGAAACUUAUCACUAGAUGAGAACAAACUUAGCGUCCUUUGUGAAGAUUCAUUCCAAGGGCUUGGUCUACUCGAAACCUUAAACUUACGCGGUAACUGUUUAAAGUACCAUAAUAGUACCUUUCCGGUUGGCGUUUUCAAGCCACUGGUCUCAUUAAAGGUGUUGAUAUUGGACGACAGUAAGAGAAACGCAAAAAUAAAAAGUUCAUUAGUAUACCCGCAUAUUGCGCUGUCAGUGUUGUCCAACCUACAGACCUUGUACCUUGAUGGUAUAAGCACAUAUUUUGGAGUAGGAUUCAGCAACUUGACGUCCCUGGAGACCUUAGUCUUGGCUGGGUAUAGGACUGGUUACUGUCAGCUUCUUGCUCUCAAUAAAACCACCUUUACUAAUCUCAACCAAAUAACAGCUCUAAACCUCAGCGAUUGCGGGCUGGAUGGAACUAAAGUCAGCCCCGACACUUUCAAAACGUUAACGAAUCUCCAGAGUCUAGACCUGUCGUAUAAUUGGAAUUUCAAGAUUGAAAACUUGAUCAAGAUGAAGUGGAAUCCUAACCUGAAAAAACUCUACGUCAACGCCGUUGUCUCGCGUUUUUCUCAAUCCUUGACCAUCACCGAUGAAUACGUGGCAAAUCUGCCCAAAUUUCUGACCUAUUUGGAAGCGAGGGAAAAUUGCUUUGACAAUGUCUCCGAAAGUGUUCUGCAGAAACUGCCAGCAAAUUUAACGCAUUUAGAUGUGGGUGGAAAUAGAUUUAUUUACGGAGCUUAUGUCAGAAAAUUGUCUCGUCUAAGGAAGUUAGAGACUUUAAUUGUCGAUGGCGAGGCAUCUGUCCAUAAACUGCCGAGGUCUAGGACUCGCUAUAUACAACAGGAACUUGAAGAGAAAUCUUCAAACAGUGACAAUUUCUCGAUUACAAUACCGCCGAUGCUGAAAACGUUAAAGAUGGACAAUGCUGGUUUGCAAUACUUACUGACUCACAUAAGCGUGACUAACAAGAAUAUUCUAGAAAACUUAAUCCUAAAUGGUAACUGUUUCCCCGUGAUUAAAGGACCGAUAGAGGGUCUGGUUAAUUUAAAAUUUCUGGAUUUAAAAUCGACGUCAAUUCGCACAGUAGAGAAAAUGUUCUUUAGAAAUCUAAGUAGUUUAGAGAAUUUGUCCCUUGCGAAUAAUCGGAUCGGUGAGUAUCUAGAAGGUUCUCACGAGAACACUCAAGUAUUUGAAGCUCUCGGGAAUGUAAGAAAAUUAGACUUAUCUCGUAAUUUUAUAACCACCAUGCCCAACAACACCUUUAAAAACCUGGAUCGGAUAGAGGUCUUGAACCUUCACAGCAACAAUAUGUGGCAGUUCACUGCGGAUAUCUCUCAUAUGGGCAACCUGACGUUACUAAACCUUAGCCACUGUCAGCUGACAAGCUUACCCGUCAAAAUACGAAACCACAUCAACAUCCUCAGCAACCACCACGGGCACAGCAUCACCGUGGAUCUGUCCUACAACCCCAUCCACUGCGACUGCGAUAAUUUGGAAUUUAUCCAAUGGAUGAAGAAAUCUCCGGCGUUUGAUGCCAACUUCACACACUACAUGUGCCAGUACUCUGAUGGGUCCUACAGGUACGUCACGGAUGGGUACGACAAGACUCUGAUGGAACUGAACAGAGCCUGCGUGAGUAACUACAUCAUCUUCCUCAUAGCCGUACACAGCACCAUCCUGCUGGCUGCUGCCGUCGUUGCUGCCAUCAUCUACAGAUUUAGGUGGAAGCUACGAUUUAGGUGGAAGCUACGCUACCUCUACUACGUUGCCUACAUCAGAUUUAAAACACCAAAGGAGGCGGAGACCACUUUCAACCACGACGCGUUUGUCUCCUACGCAUACGCCGACGAGAGAUUUAUUUUGGAUGAGCUUAUGCCAGAACUACAGAAGCACGACUUGGAUCUUCUCAUACACGGGAGGGACUUUGUGACGGGGGACUACAUCGCUUCAAACAUCGUCACGGCCGUACGAGAGAGCAGGAAGACUUUGGUGGUGCUCACUAGACACCUGCUCAAGAGCACCUGGUGUAACUACGAGCUGCAGAUGGCCAACAUGGAGUCGGUACACACGGGGCGACGGGUGCUACUGUUCCUCCUGAAGGAAUCUAUCCCAGUCGGCGAGCUGGGCCACGAGCUGCUCUACCAUAUCCGCAGCAACACCUACAUCACCUACCCCAGCAACAACAGCAGCAACAGGGACUUGAGGGUUUUCUGGCAAAAACUUGCCAACGAUAUCAGGCAGCCUUAGUUACUGCGUCGAUAACUGUUGUGUUACUGCUGAUGUGUUACUGAUGUUGUGUUAUUAUUGUUGUUACUGCUGUUGUGUUAUUGGUGUUGUGUUACUGUAGUUGUUAUUGAUGUCGUUAUUGCUUUUGUGUUACUGCUGUUGUUA